AUGGCGGACACCACAGGCGGCGGUGCUGGCGGCGGCAUAGGGCGCGAGGCCGGUCGCUGCACGAUAGGGCUGCUGGCGAGCGCGGCGAAGCGGAAGGACGGGUUCGUGCAGCUGCUCCUGAUGUCGGGCAUCCUCAUGAUCAGCCUGCGGUCCCUCAGCCAGAAGCACCGCGUCCGCGACCUCGGCCACGACGCUGCCGAGCUCGGCCGCGAGGGGGAGCUCAUCUCCCUCCGCAUGCGCGAGCUCCAGGACGCGCUCCACCGCGAGGCCGGCGCCGACGAGUCCGGCGCGCUCGCCUCCCACCUCCGCCGCAUCUUCGCCGCUCACCCUCCCACCCCCAAGGCCGCCGCCGCCGCCGAAGACCACUAGCUCGCUCGCCGCCCGGAUCGUCCGCGCGAUCUUGUUCGUCGAUUUUACAGCCUGUUUCCCUUUUGAGAUCUUUGUAUGUGGCUUGUUUAGCUGCUUCGCGUAACCAUGACCAUGCUGGCCACCUGUUUGUGGAAAUGCCGGAGAGGGCCUGCCAAACUGUAUCGAACUGACGUGAAACUGCUUCUGCGUAUUGCAUUAUGCUGCGCUUGGAUAGAUCAACUUGCAUUUCCUAUAUUUA